CACCUCUCGCCUCGAGACAGCUCGAGACUGCGCCACAGCACGCACACGCACACUCUCCGCCUCACGACCCGCUCCAGCACGCCCUUGCAAGCUCGUCCAUCAUGGCUCGUUCGCCCUCGCCUGCGAGUGACCUCUCGCGCUCUCGCUCGCGCUCGCGCACGCCUCUCGACUCGGACACGAUCCGCAUCACGCGCCUGAGCAAGAACGUCCUCGCUGUCCACCUCGAGGAGAUCUUUGACGUGUACGGCAAGAUUCUCGACAUCGACCUGCCCAUCGUCAAGCGCCUCGGUACGCACAAGGGCACGGCCUGGGUCACGUUCGCCUCGCCCUCGGCGGCCGCGAAAGCGGCCGACUACAUGGACGGCGGCCAGAUCGACGGCGUCGUCGUCGCGGGGCAGUGGGCCGGCACCCGCGAGGGGCCGCAGCAGGACGAGGAGCCCGGCGCGUGGGACGCCGAGCGGCGGCAAGGGUCGUGGGAGGAGCCCGUCGAGGAGCUUGAGCCGCGAGAGGAGGGCGCCGUCGAAGGGGAGGAGGGUCGGCAGGAGCCCGACGAGGAGCAGGAGCAGGAGUGCGAGCCCGAUGCGCUCGAGGUCCAGGAGCCCUGUCCGUCGUCGGUCCCUGUCGCCUCGCCGCCGUUCGCCCGCUGGCCGUUCGCCGGUCUCGCGCCGUGGCCCGCCGCCGCGUGGUCGCAGCCCGAGUCGCUCGCCUGUCGCGAUGGACCGGGACGUGUCGCGGUCGCCGACAAGAACUCGUCGCCCAAGAGCAACGGCGCCGAGGCCGACAGUGCUCGCAUCGGCUGGGCUUUCCUCUCUCAAUACUACUCGUACCUCAACAAGGACCCGGCUCGCCUCCACUGCUUCUACACCAAGCGCAGCACCCUCAUCCACAGCACCGAGGGCGAGGACUCGACCCCGUGCUAUGGCCAGCAGGAGAUCCACGCCAAGAUCAUGUCGCUGCAGCUCGACGACUGCAAGGUCUACAUCAGCAACGUCGACAGCCAGGGUUCGGCCGAGCACGGCAUCAUCGUCCAGGUCAUCGGCGAGAUGAGCAACGCCAACGGCCCGUGGCGCAAGUUUGCCCAGACCUUCUUCCUCGCCGAGCAGCCCAACGGCUACUUCGUCCUCAACGACAUCUGCCGCUACAUCAAGGAGGAGGGAGAUGGCGACGAGCCGGCCCACCUGACCGGCGCCGACGCGCCCGCCGUCCAGUCGGACGACCAGCCGACCAACGCCGCCCACGCCAACGACAACGCGGCCGACGGCGAGCCCGCGAGCGUCCAGAGCGUCCUCUUCAACGAGGCGUCGACCCCGCCUCCUGCCGCCGCCGCCGCCGCCGCUGCGCAGCCGGACCAGGCGUCGUCGUCGACCGAGCAGGAGCAGCCCACGCCUCAGUCGGGCAGCACCGACUCGUUCACGUUCCACGCCAACGGCAUUGCCGCCGACGCCGCCGACGAGUCGCCGGCCGCUGCCGCCGCCGCCGCCGCGUCCAAGGAGGAGCCGACGCCCGCCGAGGCCGAGCCCGAGGUCCCGGCGCCGCCUUCGUCGGUCGAGGAGCCGUCCAAGCCCGAGUCGGCGCAGCAGGAGGAGGCGACGACCGCCGCCGCCGUCGAGGAGCCGCAGCCGAUCACGGCCGUCGAGGAGAAGGAGGCCUCGGCGCCCGAGCCCGCUGCCGCUCCGGCGCCGGCUCCCGCCAAGGCGCCCGAGCCCAAGAAGGACGAAGUCAAGAAGGACGAGCCGGCGCCGGCGCCCGCACCGGUGAGCGCGCCGACGCCCAAGAGCUGGGCGAGCCUCGCCGCGAGCAACACGACCAAGAAGUGGGCCGGCGUCGCGACGAGUGAGAGGAAGGGGACCUCGGCUGCGCCUACCACGCCCGCCGCCGACUCUCGCCCUGCGGCCUCGUCCUCGUCUUCGUCCGCUCCUUCUGCACCUUCCGCCACCGCCGCGUCGACGGGCGCCGGCGCACCAGAGCAGUCGGCGUCCGGGUCCGCCCCGGCGUCGUCGCCGUUCGUCGACGCCGUCCUCGCCGUCAAGCAGCCCCAGUGCUUCGUCAAGGGCGUCCUCGAGACGGUGUCGGACCGCCUCCUGCGCGACACGCUCACGACCCGGUUCGGCCCGCUCAAGGAGGUCGACAUCGUCCGGAGCAAAGCGUGCGCCUUCAUCGAGUUCGAGAAGCUCGAGUCUGCGCGCCGCGCGAUCCAGACGUCGCUGCGCCCGACCGACGGCGGCGAGGGCGGCAUCAUGCUCCCGCUCGACGACGGCUCGCACCAGCGCAUCAACGUCGUCGAGCGCAAGCCGCACGGCGACCGGCCCAUCAGCUCGCGCGGCGGGCGCGGCGGGUCGGCGGCCGGUGGGCCGGGUGGCGCGGGCGGUGGCGAGGGUCGCGGUGGGUACAAGGGCGGCGAGGGUGGGAGGGGCGGGAGGGGUGCGAGCUCGGGCACGAGGGGUAUGCGGGGCGGCAGGGGCCGUGGCGGUGCGGCGGCCUCGGCCAAAUGAGGCGCUCUCUUCCUCUCCCUGAUUCCCUCCCUCUCUCGACCUCGACCUCGACCUCGACCUCGGCGACGCCCUCGCCGCCUGUUACCUCUCCCUUUUCGACUCUCUAUUCGCCCCUAGGCCUUUCACCUUCCGUCGAUCGCACCCUGCAUGCCCCCUCAGCUUUCCCC